UGGAUAGUCGCCAUUCGAGGUCGAGGCCAUCUCAUGUCCGUUUCUGGCCGGUCGUCAAAUCUCAGGGCUCGCGGAUCUAUGGCCUGUCUCAAACGUUGUUUGGCCACCAUUUUGAGGGGGGGGGUAGCUGCGCUUACUUGCACAUGUGGAACAUUGGGAGGACUACGUACAGCCUUGUCCAUUACCACUCAACGUCUCGUUGAGUUAUACCACUGCAGCCGCCACCGGCAGACUGAUGCUCCCUACUUAGGUUUCAUUGGAUCUGACUGGCUUUGCCCGAAAUACUGUAAGGACCGCUUUGUCCCAGAUAUCAGUUCUGUCGCUUCGCCCAAAAACAUCGAGGUUCACGGCACACAAUCAAUCCAGGCACUAUGGGACACCAAGAGAACUUGACAUUCUAUGGCUUUCCGAUCAAGUACCUCUCUUUGCUCACGCUCGUGGUUCAAAACUCGUCCUAUGUACUGCUGCUGCGGUACUCCCGCAUUCGACCGGGGACCAAGUAUCUCACGUCGACGGCCGUGGUCACCUCGGAGCUCACCAAGUUGAUCAUUUGCACGACCAUCCACCUCUAUCAGCGGCGCCAGGAAUUCUCAGAGACCUCUUCAUCAUUGCCAUUGACAUCGGACAAUGCAAAGGUCGAGUCCGGCGUCGUGCACGGAACAUCACGUUUCUUCAAGGAGGUCUUUUCCAUUAACUCUGGUUUCUUCGGAAUAUGCAUACCUGCCUUCCUGUAUACCUUGCAGAACAAUCUCCAGAUCAUUGCUGCAUCUCACCUGGACGCCGCAACCUUCCAGGUCAGCUAUCAAGGCAAGAUUCUUACGACAGCCCUCCUGUCCGUGGUGUUACUCCGCACGAAACUUUCGAGGAGGAAAUGGCUCUCUCUUCUGUACCUCACCAUUGGAGUGGCGGCCGUCCAGAUCUCCCCAUCGGGGUCAUCGUCGAACUCUUCGGCAUCCCAGGGCUCUUGGGCCAUUGGCAUGAGUUCCGUGGUCGCAGCUUGCUUCCUCUCAGGACUUGCAGGGGUUUCUUUCGAGUUGAUUCUCAAGCGGACAGCAACGUCCCUCUGGAUUCGCAACAUCCAGUUGAGUGCCGCUAGUCUAGCCAUUGCACUAUUCGGCAGCUUGGUCUACGACAAAGCCGCCAUCCGGGAGCAAGGCUUCUUCCAGGGCUACGACCUAGUCGUAGUGAGCACUAUUCUGAUGCAAGCUGCUGGAGGGCUCGUCGUGGCAGUGGUGGUGAAAUAUGCAGACAACAUCCUGAAAGGCUUUGCAACGAGUCUGUCGACCAUUGUCUCGACGGUUGCAAGCGUCUACUUCUUCGAAUUCGUGGUUUCCGCUUACUUCCUCGAAGGCGCCGCCCUGGUUUUUGUGGCGACAUACAUCUACGGCCUUCCGGACGCAUCUGUGGAAAGGUUUGCGCGUGAAAGCUCAACUAUGAGUACGACUACUGAAAGCGACCUAGAGACGGCCAAGGUCACCGUCGAAGAGUACUUGGAUGGCCGCUCAAGUGAUGGCGAUGAGCGGUCUCUCCUGCAGCGGGACAUGGAGCUCAUCGAGAAGACCUGAAGUGCGGAAACUGGGGGCCAAAUUCUGUUCCAUAUAAUGCAACUUUCCACGGCAGUGUAGACCUUGGCUUGUUCCCACAGAGUGCAUAGCAUAGCAAACUCAGGCAACUACAGUAACUCUUCAUUUCUCUUCAUUUCUAGUGGUAUCACUUCGGAUGUAUCUAGGACGCACUUCUUGCUCCGAAGUUACGGGCGGG